UGCCAGUGAAUAGACUCAGUGGUUAGAGACUGUUACGCAGUGAAGUCUCAGAACUAGAAAAUGCAGCCACAGACUAAUGGAAAAUCACUUUCAGACCAUGCUGAAAACAAAGCUGAAUGUUCUGACCCUUCGGAAAGAGCCCUUACCGACGGUCAUCUUUCAUGAACCUGAAGCUAUCGAAUUGUCCCCCACAGCUCCUCCAAAGAAUGGCCCUUUUUAUACAGAGCGCAAGGUUAGGUACUUAGGAAAAGUGAUCAUGAGAGGAACACAGUUCACAUCAGGUUGCACUGAAAGGUCUGUGAUUGAGUUGUGGGAAAAGCAUACACUGGAGCAGGAAGAUCUAUCGUCAGCCAACGCCAUUCUCGAGAUACGCCCUUUCCAAGUCCAUCUCCACCACUUGGAUGGGAAAAGAGAGGCAACGGUCCAAAUGGAUACCUUCCAGGUGGCACGGAUUGCCUACUGCACAGCAGAUCACCACGUCAGCACCAACAUCUUCGCCUGGCUUUACCGGGAGAUCAACGAUGAUUUGUCCUACCAGAUCGAUUGCCACGCAGUGGAGUGCGGGAGCAAACUCGAAGCCAAGAAGCUAGCGCACACCAUGAUGGAGGCCUUCAAGAAGACCUUCAGCAGCAUGAAGCACGAUGGGCAGAUCCAUAACAGCAGCUCCUCCAACCAAGUGGAGUUGGCAACGUCAGACGAUGGCUGAGAAGGGGCAUUGAUGAAAUCAGAUACAUCAUUGAAGUCUGGGCUAUUGAUGACAACCAUUGCAGAGAAACGAAUGAAGGAAACCAAUUGAGGGUGGAAUACCAAUGAACCCUGGGUUGGUUCGCUUGCCAAAUUAGCCAAGCGACACAUUAAAUUGAGAAGAUUUGUUUUUUAAAAAAAAAGAAUAAGUAUUAUCAAAAUAGUUGCAUUGCAAUCUGAAAUAAUUAUGCUGUGACUGGGAGUGUAAAGCAGUCUGACUCCCAAGCAGAGUUAGACAUGUCCAUUGGUGGCAUCUCUUUAUAAUUCACCCGAUAAAAUUCCUGGGACUAAUGAAAUAGUAAACUCCCACACCGGAGCCAUGAAUUAAACUGAUGCUUCACUUCCAAGGGAACACAGUCAAAAACAGUCUGUGAAAAGGGAAUCAAAAACUUGCAUUUAGAUGGAAAACCAAGCCAGCAAAAUUUGUACAUCAAAAUUAUUAAAAAGAACCGCAUGGAUCUAUCUUCAUAUAUUUCUACCAACAUAUAAGCUACAAUAUAUGUAAAGAUAUAUUCAUUUUUAUGAAAUGUAUUUCAAAAUUUAAGUAUUAAAAUGUAAUGUUUUGUCAGUACAGGUUCAAUGGGGCAAAGGGCCCCUUGGUACUAUAUAAUUCUAUAAAUCUUUAAAAAUUGGUGUGUAUUAUCAACUGUGACAAACAUAUGGAAGUAUUUGAUUGUGAAUGUGGAGGCUCCCCACGUAAAGCUGAAAAAAAAACAAUGGAAUAAAUGUGAUGAAAAUCUUUAGCCAGCUCAAACAAGAAACUCUGUUUACAAGCAUUCCAAAAUUGUAUUGUUAAAAGUUACAGUUUUAGGGAAAACACAGACUGUUCUCUUUUUUUCCACUUUCAGCUGUCUCGCUGCAUUGUCAGAGGUCACUGCAUUUCGGUUUAGUUCAGCACGAAAGAUUAUACAGAUUGGACACUGUUUCUAUCACGGGUGAAACGGAAGGGUUGGUAUUAUCAAGCUCCUGGGCGCCGAUACUUUUAAACAGUUUACCUAAAUACUCGCCUUCACAUCUUUGCAUUUCCAACAAAACCCUUUAAAGAAGAUCUUAACUCAGGAAAACCGAGAGAAAUGCGGAUGCUCUAAAACAGAAACAGAAACACAAGUUGCAGGAAAAACUCAGCAGGUCUGGCAGCAUCUGUGGAGAGAAAUCAGAGUUAACGCUUCAGGCCCAGUGACCCAUCAGAUCCGCUGAGCUUUUCCAGCAAUUUCUGACCUUAACUCAGGAAUUCCCACCUUUUUUUAUGUUCUUACACAGCACACCCCACGUUUUUCCAUUGAUAAGCAUAACUCGACUUCCUGAGACACUGACUAGAAACAAAAUCCAUACCGAUAAAAAGAGCCAUUAGUGUUCAAAUACCCCAUCCUCAUCUUUCUACCAUUGCUCGAGAGAGAACCAAACUGGGUUCCCACGCAGUCAGCAUUUCACACUCUCCACAGGGUUGACAGGAGGAGGCAAGUUCUUUGAUAAAUGGGCAGAAUGGCCAAUAUCGCACUGACAUAAUGAUCUUAUUAAGUGCAAAUCAGCCUCCAAAUCUACAGCCAACUGAAAAUCAUGUACAGUACAUGCCAAUUGUUCUAUGAAUACAAAAUAACAUUAAUGUUAUCACAAUGCCCGCAUGUUAAUCAAAAUUAUUUUAGUGCGUGAUUGUUUUUGAAAGUACAAUGUUACCUGCAGUUGUAAAGCUAUACAAUAAAUUGUUACAUGGUGUA